UCUUCCAUCUUCCUGUUCGCUUCUGUGAUAUAUAUAGCACCAUAGUUUUUACCAAUGGAGUGCUGCCAAUGUUUAUAAUCAGAGGCUUCUGAGUUUUCUUCAACCAUCGGUUCUUCCCAACCACAUCCUUCCCUUACAAAAGUCAUUUGCUUCUGCAGGUGAGCUGUUGGGCCUGAAAAAAUGGCUACUGGAGCCGUACCCGCUUCAUUUUCUGCGCUCAAGAGCAGAGAUUCCAGUUUGGGAUUUGGGGGAAGUAUGGAUUUUGUGAGAUUUUCGGUUUUGAAAAGAAUAAAAUCUGGAAGGACAAAGGUCUCGGUUAUAAGGAACUCAUCAGGUCCUGGCCGGGAUAUUGCUGAACUUCAACCUGCAUCAGAAGGAAGCCCUCUUUUAGUUCCUAGGCAAAAGUACUGUGAAUCAUUAUACAAGACUGUCAGGAGGAAAACAAGGACGGUGAUGGUUGGUAACGUGGCUAUUGGUAGUGAGCAUCCGAUAAGAAUUCAGACAAUGACAACCAAUGACACUAAGGAUGUUGCCGGAACAGUUGAAGAGGUUAUGAGAAUUGCAGACAAAGGAGCUGAGAUCGUGAGGAUAACAGUUCAAGGGAAGAAAGAAGCAGAUGCAUGCUUUGAGAUUAAGAACUCCCUUGUGCAGAAAAAUUACAACAUACCCUUGGUGGCUGAUAUUCAUUUUGCCCCAUCUGUCGCUUUGCGAGUUGCUGACUGCUUUGACAAGAUUCGUGUCAACCCUGGAAAUUUUGCUGAUAGACGAGCUCAAUUUGAGAAACUAGAGUACACAGACGAAGACUAUCAGAAAGAACUUGAGCAUAUUGAACAGGUUUUCACUCCAUUGGUUGAGAAAUGUAAGAAAUAUGGUAGAGCAAUGCGCAUUGGGACAAACCAUGGCAGUCUUUCAGAUCGUAUAAUGAGUUAUUAUGGAGAUUCUCCUAGGGGAAUGGCAUACAUUGGACAGGUUGAAUCUGCUUUUGAAUUUGCAAGGAUAUGCCGAAAGUUGGACUUCCACAAUUUUGUCUUUUCUAUGAAAGCAAGCAACCCAGUUGUGAUGGUCCAGGCUUACCGUUUACUUGUAGCUGAGAUGUAUGUUCAAGGUUGGGAUUAUCCAUUACACUUGGGAGUGACUGAAGCUGGAGAAGGUGAAGAUGGGCGUAUGAAGUCUGCAAUUGGUAUUGGAACACUUCUUCAGGAUGGUUUGGGUGAUACGAUUAGGGUUUCUCUCACAGAACCACCUGAAGAGGAGAUAGAUCCCUGCAGAAGGCUGGCCAACCUUGGUAUGAGAGCUGCUGAGCUCCAGCAAGGGGUGGCACCUUUUGAAGAAAAGCACAGACAUUAUUUUGACUUCCAGCGCCGUUCUGGUCAAUUGCCAGUGCAAAAAGAGGGCGAAGAGGUGGAUUACAGAGGUGUCCUGCACCGGGAUGGUUCUGUUCUCAUGUCAGUCUCCUUAGAUCAAUUAAAGUUGCCUGAGCUCCUCUACAAGUCCCUUGCGGCCAAACUCAUUGUCGGUAUGCCAUUUAAGGAUCUGGCUACAGUAGAUUCAAUCUUAUUGCGGGAACUUCCUCCAGUUGAUGAUGCUGAUGCUCGGCUAGCUCUGAAACGGCUGAUAGAUAUAAGCAUGGGGGUAAUAACUCCUUUGUCAGAGCAGUUAACAAAGCCAUUACCCAAUGCCAUGGUUUUGGUAAACCUUAAGGAACUAUCUACCGGUGCUUACAAGCUCUUGCCAGCAGGCACAAGAUUGGUUGUAUCAGUGCGUGGUGAUGAGCCUCAUGAGGAACUGGAAAUCCUCAAAAGUGUUGAUGCUACUAUGCUUCUUCAUGACCUACCUUAUACUGAAGAAAGAGUUAGUAGGGUGCAUGCAGCAAGGAGGUUAUUUGAGUACCUGGCAGACAAUUCUUUGAAUUUCCCAGUCAUUCAUCACAUUCAGUUCCCAAAUGGAAUUCACAGUGAUGACUUGGUGAUUGGUGCUGGUGCCAAUGCUGGAGCACUUCUGGUUGAUGGGCUUGGAGACGGUGUUCUUUUUGAGGCCCCGGACAAAGAUUUUGAUUUUCUGAGGAGUACGUCUUUCAACUUGCUCCAAGGAUGCCGAAUGAGGAAUACAAAAACAGAGUACGUAUCAUGCCCAUCCUGUGGUAGAACUUUAUUCGACCUUCAAGAAGUAAGUGCACAAAUACGAGAGAAGACAUCGCACUUGCCUGGCGUAUCGAUUGCUAUCAUGGGCUGCAUCGUAAAUGGACCGGGGGAGAUGGCUGAUGCAGACUUCGGGUACGUAGGAGGUGCUCCAGGAAGGAUCGACCUUUAUGUUGGGAAGACCGUAGUGAAGCGUGGAAUAGAGAUGGAGCAUGCAACCGAUGCAUUGAUCGAUCUGAUAAAAGAACAUGGUCGUUGGGUAGACCCUCCUGCAGAGGAGUAAAGUCACUAGAGCUGUUGUGCCCGAGAACAUCAGAGUUCAGGGGAAAUGGGAUCCUGCUGCUGAAAGCUGAACACCCUGCAUUCAGCAAUUAAGCAUGGCAAAACUUCGUUUAUAUACGGACCGCAGUGUCUUAUUCCUAGAAAAUGAAUAAAUAAUGAUAGCAUUCUCUUGAAUAAUGUGAAUUAGAAUUACGCUUCUUUACUAGUAUAGCAGUAGCCUAAGAUGUGUGCCCUCAAAGUGUAAUUUAGAGGUGAAAAGUUGGCGUAAUUUGCAGCGUGUUACCUAA